CCCACCCUCUGCCCGUUUGACCCCCUCCCCUCCCCUCCCCGCUCCCGUUCGUCCGUUCCCCGCUCGCUUUCCCCUUCCCCCUUUGGCCCCUCCUCUCCUCCUCUGCCCCGUCUUAGAUUUAGCUACCCCAGAACCCAACCACCCCCCGCGAGUUGCUUGCGCUCGCCGCAGGACCGCAUGGCGGCCUCCGCGUCGUCGUGAAGGCUGCGCGCGCGAUAUAUUGGGAGAUGGGGCCCGCCGCCGCUGGCGCCGUGAUGAGAGCCGCCGUGGUGGGUCUGGUGGUGGUCGUCAUCGCGCUGGCCCUGUCCCCGCCGCUGGCCGCGGCGCUGCGGCCGAUCAGGGAGCGCGUCGCGUCCGCCGGCGCAUCCGCCGCCGCCGGCUCGUGGGGCGAUGAGCAUGCCUUCUUCAAGAGGGAUGAGAAUGAUUUAAGCCCGUAUUCGUGGAAUAUUACAGGAACCUAUAAAGGGAGCUGGAGCUUUGCUGGUGCCACAAAUGGUUCAUCUAGGUUUAUUGAGUUUGUGAAAUCUAAAGGUAAUUCGGUUUUGGAAUUGUUGAGCACUCCAACAAAGAUAAGCGGGGUACAUUAUGUUCAGGGAUCAAUUACAUUCCAUGAUGUCAUUGACAAUGGCCAUGAUCGUGGAGUUGCUCAAAUAAGGUUAGAAGGAGUGUAUAUAUGGCCUUUUAGACAACUUCGAAUGGUAGCAAACAGUGGUGCAGAUGGUGAGCCACUUCAAGAAGAAGAUUACUUUUUGUCAAAUCCAUACCAUUUGCUGCGGAUUUUUUCCUCUCAAGUGUUCCAAGAAUCUUCUGAAGAGAAGAAUCAGAGGAAGAAUUCUCUCACGUACGACAUGGAGAAACACUGUAACACGGAAAUAACUGCUAAGGUGGUUCGUGUGUCAUCUAACCCGAAUGAAGGAGAGCAUGAGAAGUACCGGUUGGAGGGUUUGAUGGAGAGUCCACCUGUUGAUGAUGAUGGAGAGUGCUUCUCACCAAUCUUAUUAAAUGCAACAUCUUUGAACGUUGAAGUUUAUUACAACAAAGCAGUGAACUACACACUGAUGGUCACUUUUAUCUCUUUCCUCCAAGUUUUGCUGCUGAUUAGACAAAUGGAGCAUAGCAACACUCAAUCCGGUGCUGCUAAGGUUUCUAUUUUAAUGAUUGGCCAACAAGCUAUCAUGGAUGCAUAUCUCUGUCUACUUCAUCUGACUGCUGGGAUAUUGGUUGAGUCGCUCUUUAACGCCUUCGCAACGGCUGCCUUCUUCAAGUUUGUCAUAUUUUCUAUUUUUGAAAUGAGGUAUCUCCUCGCUAUAUGGAAAGCAAGUAGACCGUUGAACAGUGGAGAAGGUUGGGAAAUAAUGAGGCGAGAGCUGUCUGUUCUUUACAGCCGCUUUUAUGGCAUUCUUUUGGGAGGAAUCCUUCUAAUGUAUGAGCUGCACAAUUUCUUGCGCCCACUUCUUCUCCUGAUGUACUCCUUUUGGGUACCUCAAAUUGUCACAAAUGUCAUCCGGGAUACAAGAAAACCUCUGCACCCACAGUAUAUUUUAGGCAUGACCGUUACCCGCCUUGCUAUUCCACUGUAUAUAUUUGGUUGCCCUAAUAACUUCAUGCGCAUUGAUCCCGACAAGAAGUGGUGCAUAGCUGUCACAGUAUUCAUGGGUAUCCAAGCAGCAGUGCUUCUGCUCCAGCACUAUCUUGGUUCUCGCUGCUUCAUUCCUCGCCAGAUCCUGCCUGAGAAAUACUGCUACCACAGGAAGGUAGAGGAUAGCACAAAUCAGCCCAUUGAUUGUGUUAUUUGCAUGACUACAAUCGAUCUUACCCAAAGAACAAGUGAAUACAUGGUGGCACCUUGUGAGCAUAUAUUCCACUCGGGCUGUUUACAACGAUGGAUGGACAUCAAGAUGGAGUGCCCAACUUGCAGGCGCUCCCUACCACCAGCUUAGAUGAGCACUGCUUUGUACUGUAUAGUUGACAAGUAGUAGUUAGCUCAGCUUAUACAAGGUAUCACAAUAUUCUGUACCUUUUCCCAGAAAAGCUAGUUUCAUCAAAUUUACUGUUUCUCUGUUCCUUGUAAGCUAGUUUCUGUGUCAUCAAAUUUACGGUUUCUCUGUUCCUUGUACGUUUAGGCCGGAAUUGAGGUGCAAUAAGACAAGGCAGCAACCAUGCGAAAGCAAAAAAAAAGAUAACUGUAGAAAAGUUUUAUGUUAUUAAUUUCAAGAGGUCUUGUGUUGUACAAACUACUGUAUCAAGCAUCCCACGUUGAAAGCUUCCUUUGCCGCCCAUGCGGUAUUCACUGUUGCA